AUCGGAUGGUGCUGAAGGGACAGCGCCCUUCAUUGUUGAGCGGGGUGUGACGUGGAAAAGUCAGAGGUGCUCUGACUGCCUUUUGACCCCAUUCUGAAGAUUCGAAGUUUUCAGUUAGCCAAAAUUUAACCCAAUAGUUACAUUUAUGGACGUAGUUUUCUCACUACCUCUCCGGUGCAAAUCACAUUAAGACCAGACCAGUGUAUGAGGCUUUUGAUUGACGUCAUACCCCUCCAAGUAGUAGGCUACUCUUAAUCGAUUGGGGCAACAGAUGAGUUACAUUUGAUUAAGAAAGCAUUGUCUGUCCUAUGCCAGUGAGUGCACUGUUCAUUUUUGGGCAUUACUUCCGGACAGACGGCUCUGAUAUCCUCCAGCUAUAUCUGAGCACCAGUUACCAGACACUGUGGAGUUUGCUCGCAUCUUAAAGGACAGAAACAAUAUUUUCAUCCAGCGCUGAUACCGUUCAGGGACGACCACCUGCGCUAUCAACCGGCAAGGCGGUGGCUGUCCAAGCUUCGAGUUCGCAAUUCGCAAGCAGUGCUACAAAGGAUCAGAACUCAUCAACCCCGCUGUGCAAUCAUGUCGACUACCGGGGAAGUCCCUGCCUUCUUCAAGAACAUGGGCUCGGGUAGCCCCAUGCCACGGCAGAAAUUCUGUGGCAUGUUCUGUCCAGUUGAAGGUUCUGGCGACAGCAAGACGUUGGAUUUCCAGUCACUGCCGGGGGGCAGUAGAAGGAGUGACGGACAGGUCAUUGACAGGCAGACGGACAUCUCCCAGCCAAGGGUCGAGAUACGGGAGAGCAGAGGAAAAUCAGCCCUGCAAAACCUGGAUGACAGGAGCGAUCGUCUCCUGAUCAAAGGGGCGAAGAUCGUGAACGAUGACCAGUCCUUCUGUGCUGACAUCUACAUGGAGGAUGGCCAGAUCAAACAAAUUGGCGAGAACUUGAUAGUGCCCGGGGGGGUGAAGAUCAUCGAUGCCCACGGGCGCAUGGUUAUGCCAGGGGGUAUCGAUGUGCACACACGCUUCCAGAUGCCUGACCGGGGCAUGACCUCAGUGGACGACUUCUACCAGGGCACCCGCGCCGCUCUGGCAGGGGGCACCACCAUGAUCAUUGACCACGUGGUUCCGGAACCCGGGGCCAGCCUGCUGUCAGCCUUUGAGCAGUGGCGUGAGUGGGCGGACAGCAAGUCCUGUUGUGACUACUCCCUGCAUGUGGACAUCACUGAGUGGCACAAGGGAGUUCAGGAGGAGAUGGAGGCCCUCGUCAAGGACCACGGUGUCAACUCUUUCCUUGUCUAUCUGGCUUAUAAGGAUGUUUUCCAGCUUACUGACUCUCAGGUCUAUGAGGUGUUCAGUGUGAUCCGGGAUCUGGGGGCCAUCGCUCAGGUCCAUGCUGAGAACGGAGACAUCGUGGCUGAGGAGCAGCGUCGUAUUCUGGAGCAGGGCAUCACUGGACCCGAGGGACACGUCUUGAGCCGUCCUGAAGAGGUGGAGGCGGAGGCUGUCAACCGCUCUGUGACAGUAGCCAAUCAGACUAAUUGUCCCCUCUACAUCACCAAGGUGAUGAGCAAGAGUGCUGCUGAUGUCAUCGCUCAGGCCAGGAAGAAGGGCACUGUGGUGUACGGGGAGCCAAUCACUGCCAGCCUGGGCACAGACGGCUCACACUAUUGGAGCAAGAACUGGGCCAAGGCCGCCGCCUUCAUCACGUCCCCACCCCUCAGCCCAGACCCGACCACGCCCGACUAUCUCAGCUCCCUGCUCUCCUGUGGGGACCUGCAGGUGACUGGCAGUGCCCACUGCACCUUCAACACUGCCCAGCGUGCCGUGGGCAAAGAUGACUUCACACUCAUCCCUGAGGGUACCAACGGCACUGAGGAGAGAAUGUCCCUCAUCUGGGACAAGUGUGUGGUGACAGGUAAAAUGGAUGAGAACCAGUUUGUGGCGGUCACCAGCACCAACGCUGCUAAGAUCUUCAACCUGUACCCCCGUAAGGGCCGCAUCGCUGUGGGCUCUGACGCUGACCUGGUACUCUGGGACCCAGACGUCAUCAAGAUCAUUUCAGCCAAGAGCCACAACUCGAAUGUGGAGUAUAACAUCUUUGAGGGCGUGGAGGUGCGUGGCGCGCCCCUGGUGGUGAUCAGCCAGGGUAAGAUGGUCCUGGAGGAGGGGAACCUCCACACCACCGAGGGGUGCGGCCGCUUCGUGGCCCGGAAGCCCUUCUCUGACUACGUCUACAAGAGGAUAAGGGCUCGCAGCAGGCUGGCUGAGCUGAGGGGAGUUCCCCGAGGCCUCUAUGACGGGCCUGUCUGUGAGGUGUCACUCACACCCAAAACUAUGACUCCUGCCUCUUCUGCCAAGACCUCUCCAGCCAAGCAGGCAGCAGCUGGUGCCCAGCCUGUCCGCAACCUGCACCAGUCAGGGUUCAGCCUAUCUGGUGCUCAAGUUGAUGACAAUCUUCCUCGACGUAACACCCAGCGCAUCGUGGCGCCACCCGGUGGCAGGGCCAACAUCACCAACCUGGGUUAACCACUCCUAUUGGCCACCAGGGGAAACGAGGGCUUGAGGGGAGGGGCAUCAGGGACUUGGGGCCAUUCCACCAGGAGGCAAACCCUCUAGCUACAGUGCCUGACCGAAUCUCCCCUCAAUCUCUCAACCCCUCUCACGCUCCCUACAUCUUUCCCCGACUCUUUCACCCCCAACCCCCAAAUCCCCCACCCUAGAGGAGACACAUAAAAAAUUAUUUGCCUCAUUUGAAGAAAAAAUAUGAAAAAACAACACUCCUUAUAUGAGCACUUUGGACUGUAUUAUUUAGUGUUUUAUACUGUACUUUCUACCUGCCAUGUAUCAUUCAGUUUUGUUUUUUAUUUUCAUGUUAUAAUAGAGGGCUGAAGUGAGACUAGACUGAGCAGUUUUAACACGGCCAGAAGGUCAAGACGGUGCUUGUUGCAUUUGCAUAGAGGAAGUCCAUUCCGUCCCUCUUUUUUAAUUUUGGAUGUAUGGUGAAUGAAGUAUGGAGACACAAGGGGAGCAUGUUGUACUUGUGUUUUACCUUCAGAUAAUAGACGGGUUGGUUUAGUCACAAAAUUCACGUGUGAGCAACUAUUGUGCAAAACAAACAGUGUUUGCUUAGACUGUUGACGACAUGUAAACUAUAUUUAGUCUCCAAAUGUUUAUUGAAAACAUAAAUACAUUUGCACAAUGAGCAUUUGUCUCUCAAAUACAUUGUUACAGUUGUAAGGUUAGCUAGCUAGCGAUUUCGAGCCAUAUUAGCAUAGACAUGACACCUGUCAAAACACCUUGAAACAAGACAUGGUAUCAAUAACAAGAUUCAACGAGCUGAAACGAGCCACCUACAAUUCCCUACAUGGCAGCUUCUUGUCAUUGUUGCUCGCUAUCUGUCCGUUCAGAAUCAUAACAAUGCAUGCCUUCCGGCCACAUUGAUGCGUGCGCAUAACUUUGGUUACGUUGUCGGCCAACCCGUCUAUGGCACAUUAGAUUAGUUGCGCUAAAAUUGUGUAGUGAACAUGGAGAUGCUAAUAUGCCUUCCUCAAUUGAUAUGUUCACUGUCUGUGUCUGCUUUGUCUUUGUUCUCUACUGUUUAUACAGCUUCGCCCUCCAGUGUGAUUUUCAUCUCCCACACUGUUAAGAUCAGUUCAGCACUGGCUAUGAUCAACACCAUUUAUUGACUUGUUGCUAUAAGGAAAAUUAUUAUGAGACUGUAAAACCGUCCAUUGUUAUCGUCUGAAGUUCACUGCAAGCUAAUAGUAAGCUGUCCUCGUCCCCAGACUACGCGAUGAUACAUGAAAUUAGUAUAAAUCAAACAAACCACUAUAAUGUUGAAAACCUAAGAGGAACUUGUCACUGGUGCUCACCUCAUGUCAUCCCACCCGUAGCUUUGUAGAUUCUAGAUUAAAUGAAAAAAACAUGCCCCAUAUUUGAAAGCUGCUUGUGAAGUGUGAAAAUCCAGUAGAGUAGGAGAAGGUGUUGGCGGGCGGGGAAUAGAGCGCUGUCUCCCAGGGAGAGGCCAUUAUGGAACUUCCAUGAGAGGAGAUGUGACUCAAAGUUAGGAUGUUGGGAGGAGUGUAGCCGGGUAGAAGGGAAGGAAGAAAGAUGUUGGUCAGAAUACUAGGGAAUGCCCAAUUUCUUAUAGCCUCAUUCAAUUCACCCUCUUCACAAGAUGGUGCCACACUCCUUGUACUCAGCUACGCUGUAGUACAGUAUGUGUACAUUGCCCAUAUACCUGGCUUGAAGGGUAUUGUGACCCCUCUUUGUUAUGGGAUCUUUAAGAUCCAUAGACCAUUUAAUUGACAAUGUUGCAGGUAAUCAAAUGUAUUGGUCACAUACACAUAUUUAGCAGAUGUUAUUGCGGGUGUAGCGAAAUGCUUGUAAGAUAGCAUCCCUCCCACUGUUCUAGAAUGUCCCAGUACCAACCAGUGCAUUUAGAUGACUCACUGUCUUUCUGCUCCCGGCCUCCUCUUUUCUAUUCAUCCACUCCAUUUCCCUUUUAACUCUUUAUGUGCCUGAACCUGAUAGUUUGAUUUGUUAUUAUUCUUAUUGUGGUAAGAGAAGGAUGUAAGAUAAAAAUGUAAAAUAGCCAGUGUUAACCGAUACAAAGGUGCCAGAUUUUGUUCUUUGGUAUUCCACUGGUAGUGCUCCUGUAAAAAAAUCUAUGCUUAAUAUGUUGGAAAUGUUCAUGUUUUAGGGUUUUUAACCGUACUUGUUUCUGCUAUUUAGUGUCAUUCUGUACUUAGUGGCCUAAGGCUGAACACUAUUCAUUUGAGCUUGAAAGUAGACAUGGAGUAUUGUAUUUCUAACUAGUGUGCAGUGUUAUGUUGUGAGGGUCUGGGCACACACACACACACACACACACACACACACACACACACACACACACACACACACACACACACACACACACACACACACACACACACACACACACACACACACACACACACACACACACACGUCUCAGUGCACCACUCCUUUGGGCCCAGACCUGGAGCGACAGUAUUGGUCCUUCGCUCUCACUCGUUUUGCACGGUCUGGUUUUCAUUAAGGCAAAGCAGUCCUCCAGCUGUUUUUCUUCCUUCACUCGCAUGUCGGUGGGUUCUUGGCCUAAAAGUUGCCGUUCUGCAGUCUUCGCCUUUUCCUCUCCAUGACUUAAUACAGAGCAAAACACUCACUCACACUGUUAUGCACACACAGACACACACACUUGCACGCAUGCACUCACGGAACAAGUGGUGUCUGUAUGUCCUUCCAGCACAUUGGAACUUUGGUUUUCAUGGCCGUGUUAAGGUCUCGUAGGAAGCUCUUAAAAGGUAGUCUCUUUCAGGGUAGUAACAGUAUCUGUGUUUAUGGAAUCCAUAGCAGGGAAAUGAAAGUUUGACACAAGUCAGUGUUUGACACAAGUCAGUGUCACUGCCUACAGGGAAUGAGAUGAGACAGGGAUGGGAGGGAAGGUGGUGUUGAGCUGUCUGCUUGUUAGUGUUCAAUCACUCAGGUGGCAGGGUUCAGGCCACUCCAGUGCUUAUAUUCCAACAAAACUGUCAAAUCUGCCAUGUGAGAUUAGGGCUAGGACAAGUCUUCGUCCUCACAUGUGUAGAGUACAUGGCUGAGCAAAAAAUCUCUUUAGUCUACAUUUACCUCCUCUCUGAAUCUUGUAUCAUUCUUAUUGAGAUAUUAUGGUCAUCAUGACUAUGAUUUUGAUUAUUAUUAUCAUGAUUUUUGUUGUCAUUAUUAUUUUUACUAUGAUCACUAACAAUAUUUAAGAUAGUUGAUUCUCCAGAUGUUCUUCUCGAUCCAAUGAAAAACCCUGGCCGGUGUAUUGGCAUCUUUUCAGCAUGAGUCUCCUAGUUGCUUGCUUAGUGUUGGAAUGCAUAUCUCUCAAACAAAGGGUGACGCAGGGUUAAAAUGAUUCAUCCCUCUAUUCCCACGGACUGGACUUUUUUUCACUCUGAUUUGGGGGAGGGGGGAAAGGGGGCUGCCGAAGCACAAAUACAUUUUGGCAGCCAGGAGUACAUGAGUCCUCCUGAGACUUAAAGUAUGUCUUUGCUUGUUUCCACCCCGCUCUUCCUCUCUCUCUGGCUCUUCCAUUGUUGCCACAUUACCUUGACCAUGAGGCCCUCCAGGCCCCACUUUUUAUUUGUCAUGGCAACGCUUGUCAGAUCGUAAGUUACCCAUAGCAACCCGUCCAGACCUGGUGCUAUUAGAAUAACAUGGUGUCCGUGGCAGACUAGCUGUAUGGAAGCCAUGCACACUAUAGAACUCCCUCCUCUCUCUCUCUCUCACACACACAUGCACACACCCUCACUCACACUUGUUUUCUUCCCUACCCCCAUUUUCUAAAAUGAACUGUUGCUGCAGACUUCACCCAGUUUCAGUGUGUCACCAUUUGUGUAUAAUCUUUUGGCUAGUUGGGUGGGAUCUACAUGCUUCUUCUGACCCAUGAUUCGUGGGCCCUGAAUUGUGUUAUUAAGAGGGCACCACAAGCUUCACAUGAUAGCAAUUACCCAGAACUCCUCUACAAGGCCACAUAUAUCUACCCACUAGGCACUCACUGGUUGUUUCUAUGUAAUUUCAAUAAAGUUACGCUGAACCAACGUGGAAUAGAUGUCUGUGCCCAGUGGGUACCAUGCACCCAGCGCUGUCUGCAGCUGUGGUGGAGCACAAUGCCUCAAGCAUUGACUCAGAUAUUAACCAGCUGUCAACGCCGGCCUCGCCAUCGUGUCCCCUCCAUAUACACACACAUGAAAGCAUACACAUAGACACACACAUUCCUCCUUCUUGCUCUGUCAGCUUGGAUAUUUGUCUAUGCUACGCUAAUAUGUGAUGUAAGCGAAACGCAGAUUGAGAGAAGAGCUCUAGGUUUGAGGUUGCUAAUGCUGUUAAAAUCCCACCCGCACCCCUGUCCUCCCCCCUCCACCUAACCCCCUCCCAUUGUGAAAGUAACUGUGUGAUGGUGUUUGUCUUGAUGGCUGUGGGGUUUUGAGGAUGCUUGCUCUCUGUGGAAUGUGUCAAAUCCCAUGGAUGGUGAUGUAAAAACAAUGAUUUCAAAGAAUUAAAGGAUAAAACAAAACAAA